CCAAUGUCGAGAUGCGGUCUCUUCAUGUUCCCAAGGCGGGCCUCAAAGGUGCAGGAGCACAACGCAUGUGUCCGGUGGCUGAUUGCACAUACGGACGACCUGCGCUUGCUCUGCGAACGUCUCUUCUUUCCACGUUGUUACCUGCGUGCAUGCGCCGUUCUUGCUUCGCCCUGCCGGAUAUGAGAAAGCACCUGCCCCGGUUCCCCAGGCUCCUUCUCCUUGUGUGUGUCCUUGUUCGUCAAGGCAACCCCGUCUCCUUUCUCCCUCUCUCCAAAUCAACAUCUGCUUCUUUCACUCUACAUUCUCCUCUUUGCAUCCCUCUCACUGCAGUGUCUCUUCCAAGCCUUGUUUGCACUCGCACAUCUCCAUUGCAAUACAGUCCCUCCUUCAGCACACGCUCUACUACAGCACAAUGUCGUCAGUAGUGGCUCCUCUUGUCACCCCCCUUCCACAGGGCCAGAUCCAAUCCAAGGCGGAGAACGAGGCACUUGUCUCCUCUGUCGACUGGAAAGAGCCAGACCAUCUCGCAGCGGCCGCUCAGGCCUCAAGCCAUCUUCAAGCCUGCAACCCGCAGUCUUCCCUGACUACCCUGUACAUCGGCAAAGACAAGGUGCCCUUCCAUAUCCCCAGCUCCGUGCUCCGGCAAAAGAGUCCGUACUUCACCAAGCUUCUCGCCGAAGACACCGGUCACGACGGCAAGGUGCACUCGGCCGAGCACAUGGCCUUUGGCGACAUCGAUGACUUCACCAUGGCACUGUUCAUGCACUGGCUCACCACCGAUGGCAAACUGGCCGGCCCCCAUGACUUCCACAGCUUUGGACACUACUUGGGCCUGUACAUGCUGGCGCAGAAAUUCGAGAUUGAGAGUCUGCAGAACCAGGUGAUGGAUCUCGUCCGUGACUACUAUCGAGAGCAGAAUAUGACCGCCGCUCCCUACCGCUUGGAGUACAUCUACACCAUCACCCAUGGCCCCAAUCAUAUGCGUGCUUUCCUCGUCAGCACGGCUGCCUUCCGCCUCCUUGAGGAACACUCGAAAAGCCCUGCCGUCACUGAGCCUACUCCUGCCUCGAGCGGCAACGCUUUCAUCAGUGAAAGCAUGCGAGAAGUGCUGAGCAAGAAUGCCGAGCUCAGCGUGGAUUUCGCCAACGAGCUCGUCAAUCUGCAUCGCAAUGGUGAACACGACGCUCGCCGUGGGUCUGACUGCCACUGGCAUGUCCACACGCAUACACAGGCUUGCCCGGCCGAAAAGACAGAACCUUGGCAGUUCGAUGGACCUGGUGAUGACAAGGUGGGUGGCUCGCUAUGCCGCAAUUCUUGACCAGCUCUGACUUCAUGCAGCCUGCCGCCGAUCCCAAGCCUGCCGAUCCCAAACCUGCGGCCCCAAAGCCAGACGAUAAGCCUGCAGCCCCCAAACCGGAUGCUGCCGCCACCAAGCCAGACGACAAGGCUGCGGCCCCCAAACCAGAUAGCAAGCCUGCCGCUCCGAAACCAGAUGACAAGCCUGCCGCUC